AUGGACGACAACGCGCGACGGAGGAGGCAGAAUGAACCGCCAGCCAACACCAGGUACCCGGUUCACGAUGCCAACAAUGCGCAGCAACAGCAACAACAGCAACAACAGCAGAGGAGGUCAUACGGAGCGGGUGCAGGCGCGGGCGCGGGCGCGUCUGACAGGUACCGCCCUGCGCCACUCAACACAUCCCCAUCGGCGGCACGAGGCAUGGGUACGACGGCUGCCUACAGUGGCUACUAUCAGGAGCCGGCCACGGCAUUCUCUACCGCCAUGCCGCAGAACACAAUGCCAUACCAGUCCGAAUAUGGACAGGAUACACGACAAACGCAGAACUUUGGUGCCUACAACCCGCCCAUGAUGUACAACGUUCCGCAAGCAGGCGCCCAGAACGCCGUUUACGAUACGAGUCAACAGUUCCCAUCACGGCAGCCUGCAGCGCUGCAGAUGAUGCCCACAGAUGUGGCCGCCCCUUAUUUCCCGAACGAGCCAACCAACACGGCCGCUGGCUCAGGUCUGCAACCCCAGGCGGCGUCCUCGACCACUCCGGCAGUAUAUCAACAAAACCAGACAGACCAGCGAGCCAUGCUCCAGAACUACCCCAGUGCAGGGAUGGCGUCAAUGAGCGGAAUGGCACAGUCCGCCCCAGACCAGGUCAUGGAGGAGCAGGAGUACUCGGCCUCGGCAGAGAUGGGCGAGGCCUACGAGCAGUAUCAGUCUGCCCUCAAGGAGAUUUUCCAGAACGUUCGCAACGGCGUGUUGCUUGCAGCGAGCGAGUCCCUGCUGAACGUAUCCGACUGGCUGCUUUCCAAAGUUGCAGAACUGGGUCUCGCUGGUGACAAUCCCAACCUUCACAGCGACCGCAUCAAACUAUGGCACGAUUUCAACCACGCGUGGCUUGCCUUAUUUCAGAAGCAGAAGGACAUGAUGGAGUCGGGACUUCCGCUCCAGAGAGGACAAACAUUGAUAACCGAAGAGGGCCUGAAGAAGAUGGGUAAAGAGAUCAUUCGGCUCUGUGACGGCAUUGAGCGUCAUGGUCUUGUCGACUACGAGUACGGGGUCUGGGAAGAGCCCAUUGUGGCGAUUAUCGAAGAAUGUCUGGAUCUCUACGAAAACGUUCACGGUGCGAGUGCUAGUGGUUCGGCUCUUGCGAAUCCGGCCGGGUCGAGCCAGCAUGCCACCAGAUAG